GUAGGUAUAAACAUCACUCAAAUAUCGAGCAGUUCCAGUUGAGUUUUCCCGUGUUUAGUGCAGAGAUGAAAAUUUACAUUGUCAAUUACCAUAUCGUUAAAGUCAACGUUAAACUUUAGGGGAUAACCCACUGCAAAUACAAAUUCACACUGCUAAGCAAGUAGUUCAUUUUAUCACCCCCUGGUAUAUUAGCGUAUUGCUAUUUGGAUUAUUUUAACCGAUUUUCAUCGUGCAGUAAAAAUGGAUUUUGUUAUUGGAGGCCUCGCUGCAGUUGGUUCCGGUUUUUUCACAAACCCGUUGGAGUUGGUGAAAACGAGGAUGCAAAUUCAAGGGGAGUUGGCGACAAGAGGCCAAUAUGUAGUGCAGUACAGGAAUUUUUUUAACGCCGGUAUGGUAAUUGCGAAACACGAUGGAAUUUUAGCACUUCAGGCUGGACUAGUUCCAGCCCAAUGGUUUCAGUUCAUCCUAAAUGGAAUUCGCUUAGGUCUGUUUCAGACAUUAAGCGAUAAAGGCUUUACAAAGAAUAAAAAUGGAGAAACAGUAUUACAUAGAACAAUAUUGCUGGGAGGAGUUUGCGGAUCUCUCGGCGCGGUUGUUGGCAGUCCAUUAUAUUUAAUCAAGACUCAUUUACAAACACAAGCCGCCCAACAAAUUUCUUUUGGACAUCAGCACAACCACGAUGGUACAAUAGACGCGUUCAGAAAUAUCUAUAGACAACAAGGGAUAAAAGGUUUAUUCAGAGGUACAGCGUCGGCGAUCCCAAGAAAUUUCGUUGGAUCAACCUCGCAACUGACCAGCUUUGAGUAUUGCAAAAAUUGGCUAAAGCGACAUCCCCUGUAUUACAAUUCGCCACUGCUUACAACGUUUACCGCUAGCUUUAUUGGAGGUUUUAUCGCAACGACAUUCAUUACACCUUUCGACUUAAUAUCGACGAGAUUAUACAAUCAAGGUGUCGAUACCAAAGGUCGCGGUUUAUUAUACAAAGGUUACUUGGACUGCGUGUUGAAAAUCGUUAAAACCGAAGGAAUUUUCGGGAUGUAUAAAGGAUUUUGGGCGGGAUACGUACGACUUGGGCCCCAUACGGUAUUAUCGUUGGUGUUUUGGGAUCAGCUCAAGUGGUGCUACAAAAAUUACAGUUUCCACGCGCAACCCGCGCUUCAUCUUGCUUAGUAUUAUUUGCAACCACCUUCAUCGACUCAUUUUUGUAAUUUAUAUCAUCAAAUUCAUUCAAUCAGGUUAAAUUUUGACUAAAUUAAAUAGAAAACGUAAGUUAUUAGUAAACGUGUGAUAUAUG